AUGACAGACAGCAUAGCACCAGAAGAUCCCCAGGAGAAGCCAGUGACCGUCGAGGAGGAAAGCCCAGUCCCGGCAGAUGGAAGGAAACGAGCAAAGGUCAAGCGCCAUUGUGGUCGCUUUUGGUGGAUUUACACCAUUAUCUUCAUUGUGGUGGUCCUCGUUGUCGUGCUCCCGAUAGUAUACGUCGCUUAUCCGCACAAGGCUCAGUCUGCCAUCAACAAGUCAACACUGCUGGUCACUUCACAGGCGCUGCUUAACCCGGCGCCAGACCACUUUGACCUGGACUUGAACAGUAUCUUCUUGUCCAAUUCCAGCCUGCACGCGAAACUGGAUCCUUUCCUGGCCGACCUCUGCCUCGAGGACUCGGAGAUCCCUUUUGCUCAACUUUCUAUUCCCGCGAUUGAGGCAGCCAACGGUACUCACGAGCACGUCAGCCAAACAGUGCAGAUCAAAAACAAAGACCAGUUCUACGACUAUGCUCGGACCCAGCUAGCGAGUGAGGAAUACACCGUCUACCUGAAGGGCAAGGGUGGGCUGAAGUACGGAGGGCUGCCCAAGACGACUGUCAAGUACAACGACAAGAUUGUUCUCAAAGGCCUCAAUGGUCUUGAAGGUUUCAAUGUGACUGACUUCAACCUCAUCAUGACCGCACAUCCCGACAAUUACAACUCCAACGGCACCGUGCUGAUUCCGAAUCCGUCGGUGACCACGUACGAAAUGGGAAACAUGACCAUGGACAUGUACGUGGGGAACGUGUCCAUCGGAAACUCGACGCUCGAGAACGUGGUGUUGCGGCCUGGAAACAACAGCAUUCCCCUACUCGCGCUCACCAAUCAGACGGCCGUCGGUCUGCUGCUCUUCACCAACUACAAAUCGGGGAUUUUCCCCAUCGAAAUUGUUAAUCGGGGAGUCGUCAGCAACGGCCAGCAUCUUCCCUAUUACGAGCAACCUCUGCAGGCCAAGAACCUCACGGUCAAACUGAACGUCAUUGACGUAUUGGAGAGAGCGGGACUUGCGCAGGCUUUGGGAAUCAACACCACCAGCUCGGCGAGAUGA